UUCAAUGGAUUAGCAAGGACAGUGGCAUUGUCUGAGGAUUGUUUAAACUGAGGAGUUAGGUAUUCUACUAAUUAAAUUACGAAAGGUGAUAUAACAAUUCGAGUUUUCCAUUCGCAGCUAUGUUGAGGGCAGACGUUGCUGUUUAUAUUGCGUUCGGGUGAUAAACAAUUGCAACGCAAGAAGUUUGUCGGCAGAGGUAUUUCCGUACUUUCAGGAUCUACUUCAGGAAACCAUUACAACUUCGCGUGCAUUCUCAACUCAGUUGCCAACGGACGUGACAAAGAUGGCACAGUCGGGAAACAUUUUGGAGAAGAAAUGGCAGCAGAUGACUUACGAAAAACACCGACAGAGACUUAAAGAGACAAAAUCUACGUUAAAAGGAGAAACCACACUUCAGUUUAACGACGAAGAGGCCCAGAUGCAAAUGAGAUUCAGGCGGAUUAUGGCCGAAGAGCAACGACAGGCUGUAAUCGAAAAACAAAACCACAAGCUAUUGCAAAGAAUUGUGGAUAUAAUGACAUCGAAAAAGAAGAGAUUUCCCGUGACAAGUACCAACGAGACAAAGAGAAAGGUCAGCGGACCAGUUCAAGCGGCAGACAGCUCAACAGGAAAACCCAGACAAAGUACUGUUAAACUACCACCCAUUAACGGUUCUUCAUCAGCGAGUGGCUCAAAGUCCUAACCCUCCAGAACACCAAGAAACUCUGGGAAUACCCGUUUGAAAACUAAUUAUUAGAAACAUUCAUAAAGAAUAGAAUUACAGCGUACUAACAUUUUUGCAAUCUUCUACCCUGUUAUCCUUGUGAGGCCGUUUUUUUGCAGUGUAAGCAUUUUACUACCGGGAAAUUUGAGAUCUAGCUUGCGCCGCCUCAGUUCCGUGAUCUACGCGGAACAUCGUUCAGUGAGCCAACCGGCCUCGAGAUGAACAAGGUGGCGCACCGAUUUAAGCUCUUAGCGAUUCCAACAAUUUUUUUAAUUCCUCGUUUCGUAUGUCGAACAGCGUAUUAGGAUUCAACUCACACAUAGACUAGGAAGAGAUUAUUAUGUUUGAUUGGUGAAUGAUUAAUGGACAGCGCCUUAAGAUAGCAAUUGCCUAUCAAUCGCUUGUCCACAUGGUACAAACAUUUUAUUCCGAACGUGGACAAAACAAAUAUAACGAUACGUUUAAUUCUAACGUGAAAUAAUCAUAUCUCGAUGAAUGAGAUUUCUGAUUGAACAUAUAAAAAGGAGAAUACAGUAAAAUUAGAAUUUACAGAACAGGAUUGUCAUGCGGGAAAUUUUCUCGUGACGUAAUAC